AUGGCGGACACUGCACCAGCCCGUGGUCGUGGCUUCGGCAGAGGAGGUGGAAAAGAUAGUGGACGAGGAGGUUCUAGAGGCAGAGGUAGAGGUAGAGGUCGUGGAAGAGGCAGAGGAAAAGAAACAGAAAAAGAAUGGGUGCCCGUCACCAAACUUGGAAGAUUAGUUAGCAGUGGUAAAAUUAAAAGCUUGGAGGAAAUUUACCUUUUCUCUCUACCAAUCAAAGAAUUUGAAAUCGUUGACUUUUUUAUUGGGCCAGCCCUAAAAGAUGAAGUUCUUAAAAUUAUGCCCGUACAGAAACAAACUAGAGCUGGUCAAAGAACUAGAUUUAAGGCUUUUGUAGCCAUUGGUGAUGCAAAUGGACAUAUUGGGCUUGGAGUUAAGUGCUCCAAAGAAGUAGCAACAGCUAUUAGAGGAGCUAUUAUUUUGGCUAAAUUAUCUGUUGUUCCAGUUCGAAGAGGUUAUUGGGGUAAUAAGAUUGGUAAACCUCAUACUGUGCCAUGCAAGGUUACUGGUAAAUGUGGUUCCGUACAAGUACGUUUGAUUCCUGCUCCUCGUGGAACUGGUAUUGUAGGAGCUCCAGUUCCAAAAAAAUUGCUUCAAAUGGCUGGUAUAGAAGAUUGUUACACAUCUGCAAGAGGUUCCACUGGUACAUUGGGUAAUUUUGCCAAGGCAACAUAUGCAGCUAUUGCAAAAACAUAUGCUUACUUGACUCCUGAUUUAUGGAAGGACUGUCCAUUGACCAAAGCUCCAUAUGCUGAGUUUGCAGACUUCCUCGCUAAAAACCAUCGUCCUGUUGUUGGUCACAGAUCUCAAAAUGACAUGUAA